AUGGGAAAAUUAUAUUCCCUAGGAUGUUUAGCAGUGCUGUCUCUUUUACUAGUCACAGGUUCAACGGCUCUUGAAAGACCUUCCAAAAUAAUAAAGAAUGUCUUUUCACCUGCCUCUAAUGAUUCGUCAAUACUGGAUGCUCCGAAAAACAUACUGCGGGACAUCACAGGGACUGAAGAAGAAAGCAAAGUCUGCUAUAACAGGCUCGGAUGCUUUUCUCUGAAUGAUCCUUGGACUUCGUUGAUCAGGCCGCUCCCCGCCCCAUGGAGUCCAACAGAGAUUUCACCAAAUGUGAUGUUAAUUACAAGAAACGCAGGCGAGCCCUACAACAUAUCCCUAAACAGCGAAGAAUUUUCCAUGGAAGGCUGCGAUUUCAAUCCAAAUCGACCUGCUACUGUAGUCAUAACCCAUGGUUUCGCAAACAGAGGAGACGCGAAAUGGCUAUCUGAAAUGGUUGAAGCGUAUUUAAAAAAUGUAGACGCCAAUGCAUUCAUAUUAGACUGGGGAGAUGGAGCGACUAUAACUAACUACCUACAAGUUGCUUCAAAUACAAGAAUUGUCGGGGCCAGCUGUGCAAGAUUUCUGAGGCACCUCAUUAGUAAAGGUCUUGAGCCAAAAAAAAUACAUCUCAUGGGGCAUAGCUUAGGUUCCCAUAUAAUGUCUUAUUGUGCUAAAAAUAUUUCCGAAAUCUCAAAAAUCAACAGGCUUACAGCGCUUGAUCCAGCACAACCAGGAUUCGAAGGAACUCCUUCGAAGGUAAGACUUGCUUCAACUGAUGCAGAAGAAGUAGAUGUUAUACACACAGAUGCCAAACCAUUUUUACCUUUUUUCGGAUUCGGAAUGCUGUCACCUGUCGGUACCGUUGAUUUCUAUAUGAAUGGAGGUUCUUCUCAGCCCGGUUGUCUCCAAAUAGCUAAGCCAAACAUAACUGGUAUUGCAGAUCUCGUGAAGUACCCCGUUGAAGUUAUUGCCGACUUAAUUGGCUGUUCACAUGGAAGAGCUUACGAAUUCUACACUGCUGCUUUGAACGAAAAGAAUUGUUCUUUUUGUGGAAGGAAAAUGAUGGCUACUGAGACCUUUUUAAAGGUCUCUACUCUUGGAACUUUGAGAUUGGCAGAUCCUGUUGUAAAAGAAUUGACCAGCUGCAACCGAGAUACGUGUACUUUUGUAGGUUUAGAUACAUUUGAAUAUCCAGCUAGAGGAAGUUUUGCUGUCACAACAAGUGGUGAUCCUCCUUAUUGCGAGGUGAGAGGUGACGAAAGCAAAAAAUUGAGAGAUACUAUGACAUCAGGUGUCCGUAACUUCGCAUCCAGAGUAGUCAGUUACGUUGGCAAAAAAUUUAAGUCUUUUUUUUAA